UUGGUGCGUCAUUCCAUUCCAUUUAGCUGCUUCUCAGCAAACAGUUCGUUUUGGGAGCAUUUGUCAUUUUAUUUUGAAGUCCCACCUUCUUCCGGUAGUGACGUUGUCGUCCUCACUUGCUGUUGAGACAUGCCUUGAGGAGACAGGUGUGCUGCAGACUCGUGUGUUAAUGCUGCCGCAUUAUUUCCUCUAUACUUCAUACAGACAUCUUUGAAGAACAUCUUCUCCUUGAGCAGUAAUAGUAGACCUCAAGGAUGGAGCAGGAUGAGUCCCAGCCCCUCUAUAUAAAAGUGAAAGAAGAGGAGCCCUCACAAAUAAAAGAGGAAGAGGAGGAGGCACAGUACCGCCAUAUUAAAGGGGAAGAGGAGGAGCCAAAGCAGCCCCACAUUAAAGAGGAGGAUGAGCCACAUACAUUUGACAUUAAGGAGGAAAAGGAGUCACAGCCCUCCUUCACAGUACAGAGAAAGAGGAGUCAUAGCUCCGCUCACAUUAAAGAAGAAGAGGAGGAACACAGCAUCAGUCAGGAGGGAGAGCAUGUUGAAGGACUGGAGGAGGUUCAUGUCACCAAGAUGCCAGUGACUGGUGUGAUUGUGAAGAGUGAAGAUGAUGAAGUCAAAAGUGAAAGUGUGGAGAAGAGAGAGGUGGAUCCUUCAAGCAGCAGCUCAACUCAACACAUGACAACAGAAGACCACUGUGGAGGAUCACAAGCAGACAAGCUCUUAGCUCCACUAUCAGAUAGUGACGACACAACGUCACACUCUCCUGACACUGAUGAUGAAGACUCUAAAGCUGAUAAGACAUGUCCCACUGACAACACACGCUUUAAAUGUUCUUACUGUGACAAAACUUUCAAUCACAAUUGUCGUCUGAAAACACACAUGAGAACACACACUGGAGAAAAACCUUUUUCCUGUUCAAUCUGUGCUAAAGAUUUUACUAAAAAAUACAAUUUGAAAACACACAUGGUAACACACACUGCAAAAAAACCUUUUUCGUGCACAGAAUGUAGUAAGGGUUUUGCUCGUAAAUGUAUGCUGAAAGAACACAUGAGAAUACACACUGGAGAAAAACCUUUUUCUUGUUCAAUGUGCGGUAAAGAUUUUACUCUAAGGCAACAUUUGAAAACACACAUGACAAGGCACACUGGAGAAAACCCCUUUUCCUGCUCAGUAUGUGGUAAAGGUUUUACACGAUCUAAUGAUUUGAAAAGACACAUGAGAAUACACACUGGAGAAAAACCUUUUUCUUGUUCAAUGUGCGGUCAAGAUUUUACUUUAAGGCAAUAUUUGAAAACACACAUGACAAGGCACACUGAAGAAAACACCUUUUCCUGCUCAGUAUGUGGUAAAGGUUUUAAACGAGCUAAUCAUUUGAAAAGACACAUGAGAAUACAUGCUGGACAAAAACCUUUUUCUUGUUCAGUAUGUGGUAAAGGUUUUACACGAACUUGGGAUUUAAAGAUACACAUGAGGAUACAUACUGGAGAAAAACCUUUUUCCUGUUCAAUCUGCGGUAAAGGUUUUACACGGAUUAGUGAUAUGAAAACGCACAAGAAAAUACACACUGGUGAAAAAACUUUUUCUUGUUCAAUCUGUAACAGAGGUUUUACACAAACUGACUAUUUUAAAAUACAUAUGAGAACACACUAGUGAAAAGGCUUAUACAUGUCUAAACUGCAACAAGAGCUUUUGUCAACAAAGAACCCUAGUAGUACACAUGAGAACACACACUGGAGAGAAAUCGUUGAGUUGCAGUGUGUGUGGGGAAAGAUUCUCUUACGAGUACCAGUGUAAGAAACACGUGUGCUGGUGAGAACAGCAGCAGCAAAUUAAGCUGCACGAUUUGAAAUAAACUUACAGAACUUGUGUAACAACAUUAGCACAUACACUAUAUUUCCAAAAGAAUUUGGAAGAAUGAUCGAAAAUUCCUAUAAACAUACUCUGCAACCUUGUGAACAGCCUUCCCAGAAGAGUUGAAGCUGUAAUAGCUCCAAUAGCUGGACGGACAUCAUAAUGAACCCUAUGGGUUAGGAAUGGGAUGGCACUUCAACUUCAUAUGUGAGUCAGGGCAGGUGGCCAAAUACUUUUGGCUAUAUAGUGUAUUUGUUGAUAUGCUUCUGACAUUUUUAGGUUACAUUUUUUUUGGUGUUUUCAUUCCAGUUAAGUAUAUGUAUUAAUAUAAGCUCUGUUUCUUCCUACUCCUUUUCAGACAUGUUGGAAUGUGAAAUAGUAGACAUGUGAUGUAUACACUGUAAUUGUAUGCAUGUUGAAAAUAAACGAAUGCAAAAGUCAGCAGCAUAAAGAGGAGUCAUUUCAAAUGUACGUUUAGAAAUGUCAAUGAAGUGGAAACAAGUGUUAAGGUGUGAAAUUAAUGGUCACUAAAAUAUUUCAGUCUAAUAGAUGAGUGAAAAGUGACAUUUUAUUAAUUUGACUGGUGUUUGAUAAAACAAUGGCUUCUGAGCUGUGAAUGGCAUGUAUGAAUGACAAAGUGAGGGAAUCUACGACACAACCACUUGAGUGCUUUAGAUGUCAAAGAAUGGGACAUACAACACAACAUUGUCAAUGAAAAUAAAGAUGUGCAAAGUGUGGAGAAGAACAUGAUUGUGGUAAAUGUGCUAAAGAUGCUAAGCUAAAGGGUUGUACGUGUGGUGGGGAACAAGAUUCUAAAGAGCAGGCAAUGAGGUUCCGCCCGAAUGCAACUGGGAUAGGCUCCAGCACCCUCUGUGACCCCGAAAGGGACAUGAGGUAGAAAAUGGAUGGAUGGAUGAUUAACAGCAGUGAUGUGAAGCCUUCAAGUGCAUAAAACAAUAUUGUUAUUAAUAUUAUUUCAAUCUGGUUGCCAAAUGACAUAAGAGUGUCUAAACUGUUUUCUUACCACUUAUGGAACUGAUGAUUUCUUCCUGUAGCAGAUACUACAUUUGACAU